CUCCAGAUGGUGUGUUACUGUUGGACAUAGCUUUGGAGAAACUUCAACAGACGAAGGCUGUAAUGUCAGGAUUUUGCUGUGCGUCGUCCCCCUUCCCCCCUGCAGUUCCCAGGGUAGGAAGGUGCUGAGAUGGAAGCCGAGGGACGCCCGCCCACCUGCCACCACCUGUUCCCUCCCUCAGCCCUCUGCUAUAAAUUCUCCUCCUUCAAAGAUUCACCCAGCACUCUCCGACAGCUACUGAGGAAAACCGCUUCUCCCCUAUCUGAGCAUCUGGAAAGAUUUCGUCUUCCUGAAAAAGAAGCCUCAGGCUUUCCCAGAGGACUUGAAAGGCCUUCCCUAAACCAGCCACACCAAAUUCCGCAGCAAGAAGGUUCCCUCCUCUUUUCCAACUUCACGUUGGGAAAAUGACUUUCUCUUCAGCAUCUCAGUUUCCCCUAAAUUUGGGCCAGUGAAAAGACAUCAAUCUGGUUAUCCAGUAGGACAGAAGCGGGGUCCCGUACUCCCCACUGUUAACUCUAAUUCCAAGCGAGUUGCUUUGUGUAUGACUUACUUGCUCAGAAGAGCCACGUUGGGGAGCCGCUCAAUAGACGAGCCCGCGCACACGUCUUAAGCGGGCGAGAGCUCAGCGCCUCCCUCCUUCGGGACGGGGAUGAAGUCCUGCAAGCCCAGCAACCCAGCGGCGGCACCGCGCGCCGCGCCCCCGUGCGCAGGCGGCGCCGAGUGCGCGGGUACGUGCGCCGGGGCCGGGCGGCUGGAGAGCGCGGCGCGCAGGCGCCUGGCGGCCAACGCGCGUGAGCGCCGUCGAAUGCAGGGACUCAACACGGCCUUCGACCGCCUGCGCCGGGUGGUGCCCCAGUGGGGCCAGGAUAAAAAGCUGUCCAAGUAUGAGACCUUGCAGAUGGCGCUGAGCUACAUCAUGGCGCUGACCCGCAUCCUGGCCGAGGCCGAGCGAUUCGGCUCCGAGCGGGACUGGGUCAGUCUCCACUGUGAGCACUUUGGCCGCGACCACUACCUUCCGUUCGCGGGCGCGAAGCUGCCGGGUGAGGGUGAGCCCUACGGCCAGAGGCUCUUCGGCUUCCAGCCGGAGCCCUUCCAGAUGGCCAGUUAGGGAGCGCGGCCCUGCCAGGGUGAGACGCACAGCGAUCGAGCACCGGACCUAUCGGAAUCGUAGCCCUUUCCCCAGUAGGUGGCCUAGGAUGCGUUCUUAGAAUAAAAUAGAAAACUUUCAGAUUA